AUGAAUCUGAUCAGUAGUUUAGUCAGAGAAGAGGUUACUGAUGAAGACGAGGACAAAGAGGAUGAAGACGAAGACAAAGAGGAUGAAGACGAAGACAAAGAGGAUGAACACGAAGACAAAGAGUUUGAAGACGAAGACAAAGAGGAUGAAGACGAGGACAAAAAGGAUGAAGACGAGGACGAAGACAAAGAUGACGAAGACGACAAAGAUUAUGACGAAGACAAAGAGGAUGAAGACGAGGACAAAGAGGAUGAAGAGGAAGAUGAAGAGGACGAUAAAGAGGACGAAGACAAAGAGGAUGAAGACGACGAUAAAGACGAUGAAAAAGACGACAAUGAAGACAAUGACAGCGAUGAAGAAGAGGACAAAGUCAAUGACAGCGAUGAGGAUGCGGCUGGACGCAGCACCCUGACAAUAGCUGACUUUGUGGAGAUGCUGGAGAACAUCCAGAUGUUCAGGGAGGACCUGCCCAUUCUCAUUUACCAGCUGACUGUACGGGACUGUUCCUACACUAAGCACCAGCUUCUGGAACAUUUCUAUCAAGACCUCAUCAAAAACAGGCUGAAUAUUGUGGGAUGGGACAUGGGUGAUCUGGAUGUGCAGGAUCCUCCGAUAAGAUUUUCAGACUCCACUGGGAUGACAGCUUUGACCAACACUUAUCAGACGGUGUGGAGGAGCUUUGGGGAGCAGAGCCCAAGAGUGCGAGACCUCUUCCUCAAUGAAUCCUUCCCCUCGGGCUUCCAAUGGGCCACCUCCAGUGAGUCUUUCAAGGUUGAAGGUGGCUGGGCUGAAGGUGGGAAGGGAGAGACCAUUUGGGAUCGCUUUGGUCAUGAACACAAGGUGCUGAACAACCAGACCGCUGAUCUGGCUUGUGACAGUUUCCACAAAGUGGAUUACGACACCUACCUCCUGCGAGGUCUUCAGGUCGACACCUACCAGUUCUCUCUCUCUUGGGCCCGAAUCUUCCCCUCAGGACACAAGGACACCCAGUCAGAGGAAGGGGUUCUCUACUACCACAAACUGAUUGAUGCUCUCAUUGAGUCUGGGAUUCAACCCGUAGUCACUCUCUACCACUGGGACCUGCCCCAGGCGCUCCAGGACCAUGGCGGAUGGACCAACCAAUCCACUGUGGAAGCCUUUAAGGACUAUGCAGACUUCUGCUUUUCCAGGUUUGGAGACAGGGUAAAGACCUGGAACACUUUGAGCAGCCCCUGGGUGGUGAGCCAUGCUGGAUAUGGAACUGGAAAGCAUCCGCCUGAAAUAAAGGACUAUGUGGUCGCCUCCUAUCAGGCCACUCACAACAUGCUCAAGUCUCAUGCAGAAGCCUGGCACGUCUACAAUAAUAAAUACCGUAAGACACAAGGAGGUCAAGUGGGCAUCGCACUGAACUCAGACUGGGCUGAGCCCGUGGACCCCUCCAGACCUGAGGAUAUAGCAGCAGCAGAUCGGUACCUGCAGUUUAUGCUGGGCUGGUUUGCACAUCCCAUAUUUGUAAAUGGAGAUUAUCCUGCAAUACUCAAGACUCAGAUUGAACAGAAGAGAGCCGAGUGUCCCCACUCUGCACCGGCUGUCCUUCCAGUUUUCACCCACGACGAGAGCCAGAGGAUACAUGGCACCGCUGACUUCUUUGGCUUAAACCACUACACCUCCCGCCUGGUCAACCACAGUGAUGGUGGCUGCACCCCAGGUCCUCAGGGGGUGGGGGACUUCCAGGCACAUGUGGAUCCCUCUUGGCCUUCCACAGCUUCUGACUGGAUCUACUCUUCCCCUUGGGGUCUCCGAAGGCUUCUCAACUACAUUUCCAUAGAGUACUUGAAUAUUACCAAAGUGCCGGUCUACAUAACUGGGAAUGGGAUGCCUUCAGAGUACAGUGUGGACACCCUUGAAGACACCGGUAGAAUAAAGUACAUGAGGAGUUACAUCAACGAAGCACUCAAAGCAAUAAUUGAAGACGGAGUGGAUGUGCAACGCUUCACAGUACAAUCACUCAUGGAUGGAUUUGAAGGCCAACAAGGCUACAGUGAGAGAUUUGGGCUUCAUCAUGUCAAUUUUGAAGACCCGGACAGACCAAGAACCCCAAAGCAGUCUGCUUAUUUCUACUCUCAGGUUGUCAAGCAAAAUGGAUUUGGUUUCCCCAGAGAUGACUUAUCUAAAGUGGUACAUAUUCAUCCAAACCAGCAUCCAAAAAUGUUACCACCAUCAGAAGUCCCAUCUAAAUCAAAGGUUGUUUGGGAGAAAUUCUCUCACCAAUCAAAAUUCCAACGUAAACUCUACCACUAUGGCACUUUUCCACAACACUUUAGUUGGGGAGUAUCAUCCUCAGCUUACCAGACUGAAGGUGGAUGGAAUGCUGAUGGCAAGGGAGCUAGCAUUUGGGAUACAUUCACACACAAACCUAGUUCAUCCAUUCCAGAUAAAGCCAAUGGGGAUGUGGCCUGUGACAGCUACCACCGACUGAAAGAGGAUCUCUACAUGCUAAGAGCUCUCAAGGUGAAGUCCUACAGAUUCUCUUUGUCCUGGUCCAGGAUUUUCCCCAAUGGUCUGCGUACCUCCCUGAACCAGAAAGGUGUUGACUAUUACAACAGACUCAUUGAUGGUCUGCUAGCAGACAAUAUCACUCCAAUGGUGACGCUCUACUAUUGGGACCUCCCUCAAGCUUUGCAGAACAAUGGUGGCUGGUACAACGUGGGCAUGAUUGACAUUUUUAAUGACUUUUGUGACUUCUGUUUUGCCACUUUUGGAGACAGGGUGAAAUUCUGGAUGACUUUCAACCAGCCUUAUACAAUUGCCUGGUCAGGAUAUGGACUUGGACAAAUUCCGCCAAAUGUGAAGAACCCAGGAACUGCACCAUUCAAAGUUGCACACAACCUAAUAAAAGCACACGCCAAGGCCUACCACACAUAUGAUGAUAAAUAUCGCAGAUCCCAAGGUGGUCUAGUAUCCAUUGCCCUCAAUGGUGAUUGGUUUGAGCCUAAAGAUGUUAACGUACCUCGUGAAGUGGUGGCUGCUGACCGCGCUCUGCAGUUCCAACUAGGUUGGUUUGCACACCCCAUUUUCAAAAACGGUGAUUAUCCUGAUGCAAUGAAGUGGCAGGUCGGAAACAAAAGUGAACUCCAAGGUCUGUCAGAGUCAAGACUACCAGUGUUUAGUGAUGAAGAAAAGAGAUUCAUCCAAGGGACCGCUGAUAUGUUCUGUUUAAAUCAUUACACCACAAAGAUUGCAAGUCAUGCCACAUUAAGGUUAUCCCCCAAGUCUUAUGAGUAUGACCGAGAUUUGACAGAAGAUGAAGAAAAAGAUUCACCCACUACUGCGAUCAGUAACCAGAGAGCUGUGGCAUGGGGUUUGAGGAGGCUACUCAACUGGAUCAAGGAGGAGUAUGGAGAUCCACAGAUCUACAUUACUGAGAAUGGAGUUUCUACAGAUUCAAAGACAACAUGGGAUGAUUCUGCCAGAGUAUUUUAUUACAAGACCUACAUAAACGAGGCUCUGAAAGCCCAUGACAUUGAUGGUGUCAAAGUGAAAGGAUAUACAGCAACAUCGCUCAUGGAUUCUUUCGAGUGGCUUCAUGGUUAUACAGUGGGUUUUGGGCUGCAUCAUGUGGACUUCACAAACCCAAACAGGCCACGAACACCCAAGUAUUCAGCUCAUUUCUACUAUCAGGUCAUCAAGAACAAUGGUUUCCCCACAACAGAUGAUGACAAGCCUCUUUAUGGACAUUUCCGCAAAGAUUUCAUUUGGAGUACCGCUACAGCAUCAUACCAGAUUGAGGGGGGUUGGCGAGCUGAUGGAAAAGGCCUCAGCAUCUGGGAUAAGUUUGCACAUACUCCUCUCAGAAUCUUCAAUGAUGACAAUGGGGAUAUAGCCUGCGACAGUUAUCAUAAGGUUGAAGAGGAUGUUGAAAUAUUGAAGCACCUGAAGGUGACCCAUUAUCGCUUCUCCAUCUCCUGGUCGAGAGUGCUUCCUGACGGCACCACCAAGCAUAUCAAUGAAGCUGGACUCAACUACUACCAUAAACUGGUGGAUACACUACUAGCUGCCAACAUCCAACCACAUAUUACUCUCUACCACUGGGAUCUUCCACAGGCUCUGCAGGAUAUCGGGGGAUGGGAGAAUGAGACAAUUGUUGUCAAAUUCAGGGAUUACGCUGACUUCAUCUUUAGUCGUCUUGGCCACAAAGUGAAAUUCUGGAUCACUAUUAAUGAACCGUAUAAUAUAGCCAACGUAGGCCAUGGGUACGGAGCAGCGGCCCCAGGGAUCAGUUUCCGACCAGGCACUGCACCCUACACUGUGGGUCACAACUUGAUUAAAGCUCAUGCUGAGGCCUGGCACCUCUACAACGACAAGUACCGGGCUGAACACAAAGGAAUCAUUUCCAUCACCAUCAACUCAGACUGGUCCGAACCCAGAAACCCGUACAAACAGGAGGAUGUAGACGCUGCCAGACGUGUGGUGCAGUUCUACAUUGGCUGGUUUGCACAUCCCAUAUUCAACGGGGACUACAGCCACAUGAUGAAGACCAUCAUUAGAGAGAGAAGCCUCGCUGCUGGUCUGCUGCCUGAGUUCAGUCCAGAGGAGAUCCAGAGGAUUAAAGGGACCUAUGAUUACUUUGGCUUCAACCAUUACACCACUGUCCUGGCCUUCCCGGUGGACUAUGGGAAUCUGCAACACUAUGAUGCUGACAGGUCAGUGCUGAUCCACUUAUCUGGUCUUCUCAGGGGUGCAGGAACAAUAGCUGAUCGUACUUGGCUGGAUUCAGGCUCAGGCUGGUUGAAAGUGUCCCCCUUUGGAUUCAGAAGGAUUUUGAACUUUAUCAAAGAAAACUAUGGGAACCCACCGAUUAUCAUCACUGAGAACGGCAUUUCAGAGCGAGGGCCGGUCGACCUCAAUGAUGUUCACCGGAGCUACUACUAUGAAAAAUACAUCACACAGGUCCUGAAAGCGUAUUUACUGGAUGGUGUGGAUGUACGUGGUUACACCGCUUGGUCCCUGAUGGACAACCUGGAAUGGGCCACUGGGUUUUCAGAAAGGUUUGGUCUUUUCUAUGUCAAUCGUUCAGACCCUAAACUUCCUCGAGUGGCCAAGGCCUCCGUCAGCCGAUAUUCCACCAUCAUCAGCUGCAACGGUUUCCCAGACCCCGCCUCCGGACCCAACGAGUGUCUGAACCCAGAACCAGAAGGUACCAGCGCCCCCUUAACCCCGCCCCCUGCAGGUACCAGCGCCCCCAUAACCCCACCCCCUGCAGGUACCAGCGCCCCCAUAACCCCACCCCCUGCAGGUACCAGUGCCCCCGUAACCCCACCCCCCGCAGGUACCAGCACCCCCGUAGCACCACCCUCUGACCCCCUAGUCCACUUUCUGGGGAUGAGGCUUUCCAGCUCCAGCGCUCAGACUGGACUCAACACCACCUUCGCUCUGCUGACAGUGGCAGUGUUUGGCGUCAUCUGUUCAUCCUACUGGUUCUGUAGAACCAGAAAGUCCUCCACAAAGAACAGGUCUAAGGGUCCUCUGAGCGUGGAGACUCAACUGUGA